AUGUCUACCAGCAACGAUGUCUACCAGACCCCCCUCAACUCGCGCUACUCGAGCCCGGAGAUGAAGUAUCUAUUCUCUCCUCGCAUGCGUUUCUCCACAUGGCGCAAGCUUUGGAUCUGGUUGGCCGAGUCCCAGAAAGAGCUUGGACUUCCUAUCACCGAGGAGGCGAUUGAGCAGAUGAAGUCUCACGCCACCAUCCAGGACGACGAAUUCGCCGUUGCCGCCGAGGAGGAGAAGCGCCGCAGACACGAUGUCAUGGCCCACGUUCACGCCUUUGGUCUGGUCGCUCCCGCUGCUGCCGGUAUCAUUCACUGGGGUGCCACCUCGUGCUACUGCACUGAUAACGCUGACUUGAUCAUUCUCCGGGACGGUCUUGAUAUCCUGAUCCCCAAGCUGGCUGUUGUCAUUGACAAGCUGUCCCAGUUUGCCCAGGAGUACAAGGAUCUGCCCUGCUUGGGCUUCACCCACGGUCAGCCCGCUCAGCUGGUCACCGUUGGUAAGCGUGCUUGUCUCUGGAUCCAGGAUCUUCUGAUGGACCUGCGUAACCUUGAGCGCGCCCGUGAUGACCUGCGUUUCCGCGGUGUCAAAGGUACGACCGGUACUCAGGCUUCCUUCCUCCAGAUCUUCGAGGGUGACCACGCCAAGGUUGAGCGCCUUGAUGAGCUUGUCACUGAGAAGGCUGGCUUCAGCUCCGCCUUCAUCAUCUCCAGUCAGACUUACUCCCGCAAGAUCGAUGUUGAUGUUGCCAACGCUCUUGGCUCCUUCGGCUCCACCUGUGAGCGCAUUGGUAUUGACAUUCGUCACCUUGCUAUGCUCAAGGAGGUUGAGGAGCCUUUCGAAAAGGACCAGAUUGGCAGCAGUGCUAUGGCUUACAAGCGUAACCCUAUGCGUUCUGAGCGUCUGUGCUCCCUUGGACGUCACCUGCAGAACCUGCCCAAGGACGCCCUUGACACCUACUCCGCUCAGUGGUUCGAGCGCUCGCUCGAUGACAGCGCUAUCCGCCGUAUCAGCAUUCCGGAGCUUUACCUGUGUGCUGACGCCUGUCUUAUCCUGCUGAACAACGUCAGCUCCGGCUUUGUCGUGUACCCCGAGGUCAUCAAGCGCCGUGUCAAUGACGAGCUUCCCUUCAUGGCCACUGAGAACGUCAUCAUGGCCUGCGUCAAGAAGGGCCUUUCCCGCCAAGAUGCUCACGAGGAGAUCCGUGUCCUCUCCCACCAAGCCUCCGACAACGUCAAGAAGCACGGCAAGGACAACGACCUCCUCGAGCGCAUCCGCCGCACCGCCUUCUUCGCUCCCAUCAUCCCCGAGCUCGACAGCCUCCUUGACGCCCGCACCUUUGUCGGUCGUGCCCCCGAGCAGGUGCAGAAGUUCACCACCACCGAGGUUGCCGCUGCUCUUAAGCCGUAUGCCGCCGAGGUUGCCAAGGCUGAGACCUCUGCUCUUUACGUUUAA